GUUGUUUACUUGCCUCCCAACGUUACUUCAAUCCUCCAACUGAUGGACCAAGGGGUCAUUGAAAGCUUCAAAUGAUAUUACAGGAAGGCAUUGCUGUGUAUGGUAAUAAUCGGGGAAGAAUGUGAAAAUACAAUUCAGCAAGUGUACACUGAAAUUAACUUAAAGGAUGCUAUGUACAUGGCAGCAGAAGCUUCGGCUACUGUCAAGGACAGUACACUAGCAACAGCUUGGAAUAAGCUCCUACCAUCAGAUGAGUCUAUCACUGCAGCUAAAGAGCCAACAAGAAGCCAAUUUAAAUCAAAGUGUUUGACCUCAUUAAAGAUUACUCUGGAUUUGAAGAAUGUGAUAAGGAAAACAUUCGAGACUGGCUCAAUUGUGAUGUCAGUGACCCUGGCUAUCAAAUAUUGUUGCCAAUGUCAUAGAUGACCGAGACCCCUGUGAUGAUGAGGAAGAGCCUAACGAUGCUGACCAUGCUUAAAAAGGACCAGUGAGGAAGCUUCUCAUUGCCUUGAGACUGCUCUGAAGUGGUUAAUGUCCGAUAUUGUGGCAUGUCCAACUCCAUAUUUCUGAGCUAAGCUUGAUCCACUAGCACCACACUUCAACUGAUCUAUUAUUUUAAGUUUAUCAGAAGCACUGAGAACAAUGCGUUUACGUUUACUGGUGAUUGCAAAUGUUAGAGUGAUCUGUUACAAGUAAAAAAUUCACGGAUUUAAAGUUAAUGUCCCCGAUGAAAAUGGAUUUUGAUUAAGCACGACACACAUUCGGAUACAGAGUCCUCAUAAAAACACUACAAAAAAAUGCCAGUGCUGCCAGCUAAAACACAUAUACAAACACAAAAAUAUUGAAGUAGCCCAAGACAUAGCCAAAGAUUGCAGCACCACAGCACUAGCGAAAAUUUAAAUUUGCCAACUAAAAUGCUUUCAGAUAACUGGCUUUCAGAUAAGUGAUGCUCUACUGUAUAUUUUCAAUUAAACAAUAAAGUAUUCUGUUAGAUUUUUUGAAAUUGUAUUAAUAUUAAUCUAAUAUCUAAUCACUUUAUUUUUAGCACAAAUUCAGCAAAUGAAUUCUCAGCCUAAUGGACAAAAUAGUGUUGAAGUUUUAACAAAAUUACAGAAAGAGAAAGAAAUGUUUGAUCAAGCAUUAAGACAACGAGCUACAACUUUAAUUCAGAUGAGGAUGGCUUUAAUGGAAAAACACCAUGAAACAAUUAUGCAACUAAAUGAACUCCAAAAGAGUGUGUUGGAUAAUGAACUGAUUCGUUGGAAACGUGGUCAGCAACUUUCUGGAAAUGGAGUGCAGUUUGAAAACAAUUUAGAUCAGAUUCAAGAAUGGUAAAAUUUUUCAUAUUUGAAAUCUAUAUAU